GUCAGCUUUUAUAAUACAACAUAAAGACAAAGCUGCAGUCGCUCUUAAGCUUAACCUGAGCUACACAAUCUGCAGUUGGGCUAAACAAAGUAAAAGUGAACAUGUUCGUGAUAAUCACACAGUUGGUUUUGCUGCUUUGUGCCUGGCGCGUUCAAACGCAGGAUUUCACUACGCCGAAGGUGGACAUUCUUGCUGAGCUAGCAAAAAUAAAAAACCUGGAAGAAAGAAUGAAGACGAUAGAGGAGACGAUGGAACAACUGAAGCUUGAGAAUGGCGUUCUGAAGACAACGGUCCAAACUUUGCAGGAUAAAGUUGAAUCACUGCAGAAUGAAAACGAAGCCAGGAAGGUCGCCUUUUCAGCAUCGCUUUUAGCUUCUGGACUGGGACAUGAAGGACCCCAUGUUUCUGUGCUCUCUCCGUUAAUCUACAAAAAAGUCGUCAUUAACAUUGGAAAUGGCUAUGACUCAGAUACGGGGAUUUUCACAGCACCAGUGAAAGGAGUUUACUAUUUCCGAUUCUACGCUCACUGUCACCCCGACAUCAGAAUGGCUGUCAGUCUGUAUAAAAACGGAACUGUUCAGUGCUCUGUGUUUUCCUGGAAACCCAUCACUAACGGCAACGCCAGCAACGGGAUCGUUUUAAAUCUAGAAAAAGGAGAUCAGAUCUACACGAAGCUUAGGGAUAAUACCUGGGUUUAUGAUGAUCCAGCAGGCUACACCAGUUUCGGAGGAUUUUUACUUUUCCCCCUGUGAAAUGGCGUCAUAAAUUGAUUUGAUUUUUAAUAUUUGUCUGGUAAACUGUGAUUGCAGUAAAUGGCACUAUUAAAUGGAUGCAUGAAAUCGAA